AUGGAAAAAGAUUUUAAUGUUUUAGACGGUAUUUGUCAAUUAGAAGAUAAAGUUUUUGGGAUUAAUGAAACUAAUGAAUGCGAAACUAUUAAAUUCAUACAAGAAAUGGACAAUGAUUUGAUUAAUUGUUAUCUCGAAAAUUUAAUUGUUUAUGCAAGCUACAGAAGAAGAUUGCAUUGGACGAGUCUUGCUCAUCUUUGGAAAGAAAUCUUAGGAGAUCAAGUGAAAUCAUUCCAUAAAGCAGAAAAUUUUGUGAAAGAAAAAGAAAAAAUUUUAAGCAACGAAUAUAGACCAUCUCUUCAGCCUCAGUAUUAUGCAAUAAUAAGAGAUGAUGUUGAAAGCAUGAAGUUCUUAAGCACAUCUUUAGUUUUUGCACUACAAGUCAUCAAAAUUAAUGACACAGAAAUAACUCAAUUUGAUUUUUCCGCGUUGUGUGGUUCUCCAAAAAUUUUCAAGUUUUUUGUAAUGAAUGGGGCCAUUAUUACUAGUGACACAAUUGAGAAUGCUGUUAGAGGUGGCAAUGUUCAAGUAUUAGAAAUUCUAAGACAGAAAAAUUGUGAUUUUUCACAACAUCUUGAAGGAGCUCUAAAAUAUCAUAAUAACGAAAUUGCUGAGUGGAUUUUAGAUUUAUACGGCAAAAAAUGUCAAAGUAUUUUGCCUUCAUUUUGCAUUUUACAUUAUAACACAUCAUUUUUCAAGCAUAUUGUUAAAGACAACAUUGACUUGAUUCAUCAAAAAAUGAAUGAUGAUAAGAAAUACACUUGCUUCACAGCUGCUGCAGGUUCUGGAAAUAUUUCAGUUGUGAAAUUUCUUGUUGAAAUCGGAGAAGAUCUAAAUGAAAGAUCUAGAAAAGGAAAGGCUCCAUUACAUUAUGCAGCAUCUAACAAGAAUAUAGAAAUUAUAAAGUUCUUGGCUUCAAAAGGCUGCAAUAUUAAUAUUAAAGAUGAUUCUGGUGAAACAGCACUCUUUUAUGCAGUUAAUAAUAAUGAUUUGGAAGUUGUGAAAGUUCUUAUUGAACUCGGCUGUGAUGUAAAUGUAAAAAAUAACAAUAAUAUUUCAGCAUAUGAUAAAGCAUUUAGAAGUCAGUGUUCUGAAAUUACAGAAUUCUUAUCUAAAUACAUCGAUUACUCAGAAUAUGAAGAAGAAGAAGAAUAA